GUCUGCUGACUUCCUGUCUGCUGUGGUGUCUCGGUCCAAAUCCACAUUUGUUUCAUCGUGUUUGCAGCAAUUUUUUUUGUCCUUCGCAGUAACCCGAGGUCAUGUGACAGGAAGUUGGUGGCUGACUUGUUUCCAGGCCUAGACAUGUGAUGAGUUUUAAAAGUGUCCUCUGCUGAUUUAUAUGCCCCCUCCUGGAAAGGUUAUUAAAAUGAUCUCUGCAGCAGAAGCAGAGACGUCAUCCUCUUUUCUGUCAAAACCUGGCAUCUCAGUUACCUGCACCCCUGACAGUCAGAUGCUGAAUCGAGCUCAGUUUCACCAGUACCACCUGCAGAUCUGCCUCAUGCCAAGUCCUGUCAAACUCACCUGGAACCUCUUCAGGGAGUUCUAGAACCACCCGAAGAAUGGCCGAACCUUUCUCACAAAUCCUGGAAUUGCCCCAUACACUACUUGAACCUCUUUAAGCACCCCUGGUACCUCCUCAGCCUUUUCUGGAACCUCUUCAAGCACUCAUGGGAACCAUAUCACUGAGAACCCUGGAAAUUCCUCUAACUUUUUACCUUCUCAAGAAUCACUGAAUCUGAGUGCCCCUUUAGAACCCUGGAAGCUGUUCACCCUCUCUUGGAAUCUCUUUAAGCACUUAUGGUCAUCAAGAGCCCCAGAACUUCCUCAAGAAUCCUGGAACCUGCUGUAGACCAUCACCCUGGAAAGGGCUCCUGCCAAGGCCUCAGGUCUCCCCAGCAUCCAGGACAUGGAGCUGAGAGAGGAGUGGCAGGACGACGGUUUCCCCAGGCUGCUCCCAGAGGAUUCUGGGAAUCCAGAGAGUCCGUCAGGAACAGAGGAGCAACUAGACCCGCCUACCAGCCUUGCCCUGUCAGGGACCAUUGGGGGCGGAGCUAAGAAACGUCUGGUGGCCCCAACUCUCAGCCUGACCCUGAGUCACAGAAACUCUCAAGAUGCGAGUCAAGACGGCUUCUCUGCCGCCGCUCUGUCAGUGACACCGGAUGAAACGGCGGAUGAAAUGCUAUCUCUUGAUAUCAACCUGGAGGCACUGGAAACGCCUUCAGACAGUGAAACAGGGACGCUGCCAGACAGCACACAUGAACUUGAGUGGGAUGAUGACCUGCCUAGGAGAGGGAGAGACGGGGCUGUGGGCAUGACCAGGGGCCCGGGGGAGCAUUUUGAAGGUCUGUUGGGACUGGAUGAGGUGGACAGCAAGGGGCGCCGCUGGAGGAGGUUCUGCAUCUCGGGACAGGAAUAUCAUGUUAACAUGAGCGUCUUGGAGCCCUACCUGCAGGUCCUGUCACAUGGAGGUUACUAUGGAGAUGGGAUGAACGCCAUUAUCAUGUUCACUUCCUGUUACCUGCCGGAGAACACAGUGGAGGACUAUGGGUAUGUCAUGGACAACCUGUUCAGGUACAUUGUGGGGACGCUGGACCUGAUGGUCUCAGAGAACUACCUGCUGGUCUACCUGUGUGCCAUGGCUCCUCGAAACAAACUGCCGGCCAUCAAAUGGCUCCACCAGUGCUACACCUCCAUCAACAGGAGGUUGAAGAAAGACCUGAAGGGGCUCCUGGUGGUCCAUCCUGCCUGGUACAUCAAAGCUCUCAUCACUUUGGUCAAACCCUUCAUCAGGUUUGUACCUGUUCAUCUAGGUAACCAUAGCAACAGUGCAUCACAGCAGUUAAACUACAGGUAACUGUGCCUCAGUGGACAUGACCCUGGUUAAACUGACCACACACAAGGGUUUAACAUGAAGGAUUUAAGUACAUCUCACCUCAGUUCCUGUGGUCAGGGGACGGGAUGGACUCACAGUGGUCCACACAGAGGCAGUGGCAGAUAGGAAACCUUCAGACACCAUGAACAACACCUCCACCUACAAAAGCUGGAACCAUUGUAAACAACACCAGCCACCUCUCCACUACCUACUGAUGCCAUGAAAAUCUUCAGAAAUGUUUUAACAACUCCCUGCAAAGCCACAGUAAACG